AGCCAUAAAUCCUUCCGUACGAAGCAGAAGCUCGCGAGAGCGCAGAAGCAGAACCGACCCAUCCCACAGUGGAUCCGUCUGAGGACCGGCAAUACCAUCAGGUGA